CGGGCCUGUGUCACGUGACGGGGGGGAAAUAGGGAGGCUCUUGUGUUUACAUCGAUGCAUUCAACAGCGGCCGCUGCAGACCGUCUACACAUCAAUGUUUUGCUUUCAUUUCGUUGAAAACGAGCACAAACAUCGGUACACACGGUAGUUACGACACCGUCCGAGCAUAAGGCUGCUGUGUGUUACAGAGCGCGCGCGUCUGCUGCAGCUGUGAUCAGUUGUGUAUUAGAUUACUGGAGACAUGGACGAGCUCGCGGUGGAAGUGCGAGGGGCGAGUGGAGCUUUCUACAAGGCUUAUAUUAAGGAUGUUCAGGAGAGUACAGUCACAGUGUCUUUUGAGAACAAUUGGCAGCCAGAACGACAGAUUUCUUUCCAAGAUGUCCGGUUUCCACCUCCAACCGGCUUUCAGAAAGAGAUAAACGAGAGUGAUGAAGUGGAGGUUUACUCCAGGGCCAAUGAUAAGGAGCCUUGUGGAUGGUGGCUAGCCAAAGUUCGCAUGGUGAAAGGCGAGUUUUACGUGAUAGAAUACGCAGCCUGUGAUGCAACGCUAAAUGAAAUCGUCACAUUAGAGAGGCUACGACCUGUGAACCCCAACAAAGCAGCAUCAAAGAACACCUUUCUCAAAAUCAGACUAGAUGUUCCUGAAGACUUGAGACAGAUGUGUGCGAAAGACUCGGCACAUAAAGACUUUAAAAAAGCGAUCGGAGCCUUUAACGUCACUUAUGACUCGGAAGAAAAGCAGUUGGUUAUUUUGUCUGUUAAUGAGGUCACCUCGAAGCGAAUAGGCAUGUUGAGUGACAUGCACUUCAGGAGUCUGCGCACAAAGCUGACGCUGAUACUGAGGAAUGAGGAAGCAACCAGACAGCUGGAGAGCUCUCGGCAACUGGCUUCAAGGUUCCAUGAGCAGUUUGUGGUGCGUGAUGACCUCAUGGGAUUGGCCAUAGGCACCCAUGGGGCGAAUAUCCAGCAAGCACGAAAGAUUCCUGGGGUCACAACCAUAGAUCUGGAUGAAGAGACCUGCACGUUUCACAUCUAUGGAGAGGACCAGGAAGCUGUACGGAAGGCCAGAAGCUACCUGGAGUUUUCUGAAGAUAUUAUCAAAGUUCCUAAGAAUUUAGUCGGAAAAGUCAUUGGCAAGAGUGGGAAGCUGAUUCAAGAGGUUGUGGAUAAAUCGGGAGUUGUCAGAGUUCGAGUGGAACCUGAAAACGACAAAAAGCCUUCUCCAUUAGAGGAGGGAAUGGUGCCGUUUGUGUUUGUUGGGACAAAGGAAAGCAUUUCAAAUGCACGUAUUCUGCUGGACUACCAUCUGAAUUAUCUAAAGGAGGUUGAUCAGCUGCGAAUGGAGAGACUGCAGAUCGAUGAACAGCUCAGACAGAUCGGAGGGGGACCCAGAGCUCUGCCGGGACGACCUGAGAAGGAAAAACCCUUCAUGGCUGAUAAUGGAAUGGGACCGUCACGGGGGGGCGGCAAACCCUUCGGUCGUGGAGGGAGAGGGAGACGGGGCCCGACACUGGCCUCAGGCACCAAUUCUGAGGCCUCCAAUGCAUCUGAGACCGAAUCCGACCACAGAGAUGAGCUCAGCGACUGGUCCCUGGCCCCCACAGAUGAGGAGUCCAUGGGUUACCCCAAAAGGGCCCCUGAUGGACGCAAAAGGGGUGGGGGACCCCGGGGUCGUGGAGGGAGAGGAAGAGGAGGAGGAUACAAAACUGAAGAAAUGCACUGGAAUGAGUCCCGCUCUCGUAGUUCCAGAGACUCAAAGCUGAGACCCCAGGAAGACUCAUUGCAGAUCCGCAUCGACAGCAAUAACGAGAGGAGCGUCCACACCAGCCGAGGCUCUCAAGCUCUGGCAGGAGACAGUGGAGGGAACCGACAGAGACCCAUAAAGGACCGAGUGAUAAAGAAAGAGAAGCAGGAUGUCCCCGACAGCCAAGCCGUUGUGAACGGCGUUUCGUAGAGAAUAAAUUGCCCCCUUCCCCUCAUUGUCCCACUCAGCUCCACCAAUCCAGAUGCUUCUUCAUUAGAGACACAUUAGGCCAAAGAGAACCAGGUCAGUAGGGCUGUCGCAAGACAUGACAUAAAGCACACUUUGUAAUUGAUAGUGGGGGUAAAAAGACGAGGUCUCUUGGUGUAUGGUGUGUGGAAUUUGGUAGUCUUCGUGGAUUAGAGAGACCGGUCUCUAGAUCACAACUGAAGCUACAGGUUUUCUAAUUGACUUUCUAAAUAACUACCUAUGAAACUUAAAGAAGCUGUGGAUUAAAUGUCUCUCUCAAAUGGAAUCGUGACUUAAAAAAAAGAAAAAGAAAAAAAAAAAUGUUUGGUUUUUAAAGUUUUUGUUUUCCACAAUGUCCAAUAAAGGGAAAGUAACACAUUGGAGGAUGAACUCAAGCGCUCGGGGCACAAGUUUAUGCCACAUCUCAUGGCAUACAUUGUUUUUACGCGCUUUGGUGUCCGUGGUCACUCGAGCCCAUUCUGAUGUGAGAUCUUAGCCACAUCAUUAGCAAAAAAAAAAAGAAAGAAAAAAAAAUGGCAAACCAUGUAAACAACAACAAAAAAAUGCUCCUGUCUGGAUCUGUGCCUUUAACUAGUGUGGAUAGUAUCAUAAUUUGGAUGUUUAAAUCAGGGAAGAAGACGUGAACAACACCUGUCCGAGUGUUGAAAUCUCAGCCGACGACAAAAAAAAAAAGAGGUGUUUUUUUUUUCUGUGCUGCAUGUAAUUCAUGAACAUUUUGUAUGUCUGAAAAGCAGGAUUCUAUCAAGUCGGCCGAAUCAUAUUUCACCAUAGUAGUAAAGGUAUUAACCUAACUAACCUAGUCAACUGUGGAAGUCAUCAAUUGUAACCAACCACUCAGAGAACGAAUAUCAACGCUAAUUCAGUGACGUAAGCAUCGCCGAAUAUACAUUUUGACAUCUAGCAUAUCUUUGCAUUGUAGAACAAUUCCGAAUUUCUUUUCCAUAGAAGUAGCAAAGCAGGUUCCUUUAAAUAAAUGUCUUUGAUUUCUCUUA